UGCUGAACGGCAGUGAACGGACAGCGCUUGUUGGUUGUUGGUCUCUCGCACACACAGGGCCAAGAAAACAGGAGUUCUGUUCUCGGAGGCACAUGUUUUGGUUCCGCCACGGCUUCAGCUUCAGCUUCGUCUUCCUUUUCUCUCCGCUUGUUCUUCAAACACAUUGUAUCUUUGUAUCUUCGUUUGUGUGCCCAUGUGUGUGGGCUAAGACUACCGCCCGAAUCGAGUGCCAAGUGACCAGAAGUCCAUAUACACCCUACCCCCCUUUCUCCUUUCUCCCUUCUCCAAAGACAAUCACAAAAGACGGCAACGGAAAGUGCAAAAACCUUAGAUUAAUCUUAGAUCGGCUGCCAAAAAUCGAGCAGUCUGUACAAAAAAGGACCGCAACCUACGAAUUUCUCAGUGUGUGACUUCCAAAUACUAUAUCUAAAAUCUAAAAAAAGAACAAAAGAACAACAGGUGUUUUUUCAGACUGAACUAUUGUCAAUGCCAAAGAACCACAAAGUAAUUGAGCCCAGCACCACCAUUUAGUAGUUGUCCAUAAUUGAUAAGCAGAAACUUUAAUUUGGUGCGUGUCAAUUUUAAUACUAUUGGUAUCUGUGUGCCCUGUGUGCGAGUGUGUGUGUGUGUGGGUGAGUGUGUGGGUGAGUGUUGGGGUGUGUGAGUGCGUGGGGGGGGUUUGUAUGCGUGUGAUUGCGACGCUCGGCGCACGUGCAACUAAAGAUGGUCGAGGAGUUCCUGGAGAAGUUGCCAGAAAUCGACACGCGCUACGAGGAUAUUGUGCCCAUGGAACAAGUGAGCUCGAUGGUCUCCAACGGCGGUGGCAGUGUGGCCAUGCAGCGCGAUGAUGAGUACAGGAAUCGGAUCAUGAAAAAUUUAAGCCAAGCCUCCAAAAUAUCGGACCGAACGGAUAGCCUGUGGCAAGUGACUGCCACCAGCAUGCAACAGCCACCUCAGCGGCACGGCAGACCUGCACCACAGCACCACAGUAAUCAGUAUCAGCACCAAAACCAGUGGGCACUGCACCACCAGAACCACCUCGGCCAGGCACAGCGCACCACCGGCAGGCAUCCGAUGCUGGGCAGCAACCACAGCAGCCAGCGGGAGACCAGUGUGUCGCCCCGCCGAGUGGCCCUCGACACCACCGCCUCGGGAUCCACCACAGGAUUCGGGUUCGACCGGGCGGACGAGGAAAUCAGCGAUAAGGCAUCAACAUGCGGCAAAUUGCUAAUAUUUCUCUCCGUGGCUCUUGUGAUAAUGACGCUACCCUUCAGUCUCUUCGUCUGCUUCAAGGUGGUGCAGGAGUACGAGCGCGCGGUUAUCUUCCGUUUGGGUCGCCUCAUGCAGGGCGGUGCCAAGGGCCCAGGUAUCUUCUUCAUCCUGCCCUGCAUCGACUCCUAUGCCCGCGUGGACUUGCGUACCCGCACCUACGACGUGCCACCGCAGGAGGUUCUCACAAAGGAUAGCGUUACGGUUUCGGUGGAUGCAGUGGUUUACUAUCGGGUAUCAAAUGCGACCGUCUCUAUCGCGAACGUGGAAAAUGCUCACCAUUCGACCAGGCUACUGGCACAGACUACUCUACGAAACACAAUGGGAACUCGGCAUUUGCAUGAGAUACUCAGCGAGCGUAUGACGAUUUCCGGCACAAUGCAGGUUCAACUCGACGAAGCCACCGAUGCCUGGGGCAUCAAAGUUGAACGUGUUGAAAUCAAGGACGUGCGCCUGCCCGUGCAACUGCAACGUGCCAUGGCCGCCGAGGCAGAAGCCGCCCGAGAAGCCCGCGCCAAAGUCAUCGCCGCCGAAGGAGAACAGAAGGCGUCGAGGGCUCUUCGCGAGGCGUCCGAGGUGAUUGGCGAUUCGCCGGCAGCGCUCCAACUGCGAUACCUUCAGACACUCAACACCAUAUCCGCGGAGAAGAACUCGACCAUUGUGUUCCCGCUGCCCAUCGAUUUAAUAACGUAUUUCCUCAAGACCAACGAGGCCACAACGCAGAGAAAUGCCCGUGAAGCUGCGGCGGCAAUUGGCAAUACACCGCCGCCAUUGCAACUGGCACCGCAACAGCAGCAAAUGCAGCCGCAACAACAGCAGCAGCAGUACCAGCAGCAACAGCAACCGCAGCAGCAGCAGCAGCAAUACCAGCAGCAGCAGCAGCAGCAACAACCGCAGCAGCAGCAACAACAACCGCAGCAACAGGAUCAACUCUAUCAACAGGGGCAGCAGAUCUCAUCAGCCAUGUAAAUCAGCUUAAGAUCAUCUAAGGUUCGGCCUUGUCGAACCCAAAAUGUCCUGCAUAAAGUUGAAAAAGCUAUGGAUAACCUUGAAGAUUGCAACUAAACACACUUCAGAGAUAUCAGAACAUCUAUAAGUCCUUGUUAUAAAUUCUUAUCCACAUAUCGAUAGGAGCAACUUGUUCCCGACUUGUUGUUUUCCAGUCGCCAAUAUGCAAUAACAAUUUCUAGAACUAGGUAGCCCAGACGUCCAACUUAAAAUGUGUAUCUCAAAUCCCUAUCCCCCGAGAUGCUAAUUUUUUGGGUUAUUUGGCUUUAGGGAAUGUAAUUUGGAUAAGUAUUUAUUAUCAAGAAACGUAGAUAAAUGUGGCUUUCUGGGGUUAAUAAAAAAGCAGUCUUCGAUUAGGAAUCUAAUAAAUAUUUGUGCAGAGCAUUCUCAAUAAAAAAAUAAAAAAAACCAUCGGAAACAACGAUUCAGGAGAAUCAAAAAACUUAGUUCAUAACACCGAUAAGUGCGAUUCGAAUGCGUUAGCCGGCAGCAGAUCCUUCCAGACAAAAUUAAGAGGGAUCUGAGGUCAAAUAGUUACGAAAAUACAAACCUAGAUUAGUUUCAUACGAGGCGAAAAAUAGUGUUUAAUAUUUGUAGCUUUACGACCAGAGGAUGCAAUUCUUUAUAUUUAAUGUAGGACCUAGCAGUGCAACUUAAGUUUGCUACACAUUUAUAUAAAAAAUAAAUGGCAUGCCUAUACCAUUUAAUAUUGAAAUGACAUCAUAUUUAUAGAAAAAAUUAAAAGCAUCAUUAUAUAAUAUUGAAGUGACACCAUAUUUAUAUAAAAAAUAAAAUCAUGCCUAUAAUAUAAUAUUGAAAUGACACCUAAUGACAUCAAUCUAUGGUCGCUGAGGUGAAAAUUCUAAAACCAACUAGUUUUGAAAGUCUCGAAUUAGGAAAUUUGAAAUAGUCAAAAAUAGUUGGUUUGGUUUUGUAUUUUCACACCAAAACUGAGUGAACCACAGAUUAUUUUCUUUUUAAAUCAAUAUUCAACGAAGGUCCGUUUCCUUAAAUACAAGUUAACUGGAGAUAUUAUAUUAUACUUUAAGAUCGCAACUCCUUGUUUAAUAUAUUAAUACCUUAUUUAUGGAGAUGAAGCGUUGACUAAAUUAAGAAAGCGGGCCUGCAUUGAACACAAAUAUCUUAUAGAACCGUUGCCGAAGGCGUUUUGUAAAUGUUUAUCAGUAAGAUGUUUGCCCUGUUAAAUAUGGAGAUUUCAGAUGACUCGAUAUAUUGCUGUAUACUUAGCUAUGCCAAUUUACGUAUAAGUCGUGAUCAGAAUACCCGUAUAAACUAGAGUAAACGUUGUCCACAAACCAAUUAAAACUUUAUAGGACUUUAAUAACUCUAAAUAUGAACAGUUGUACUCAUAUGGUACAUCCCACAUUCCAACAUUCCUACAAUUUCAAAAACUGUUAUUCUGUUUCAACUGGAGUUAAUCCAGGAACCUAGAUGAUUUGUUCAAUAAUAGUGGGUUCAGAAAGAUGGCUAAACCCACUAGUACAGAACAAAUCCCUAGUCAGCAACGUUCGUAGGUCCAAAAUACGAAUGCCAAACAAUAAAUAAGAGUAAUACGAAUUUAUUGUACAUACAAUAAACUAAUAGAGCAAUUAAGCCGUGCAGAACUGGUUUUACCCCAUUGAACUACCAAUUAAAAUUGGAUAUUAUAUCAGAUAUAUGUACACCAUACACACACAACAACACAAACACAGGACGAAGGACGUCAAGCUUUCUCUCGAAGUAGCAAGUGGCUACUAAAAUGGAAGUUUUUCUAGAACUAAAGUAUGUAGAUGUCGAGCAAAAGAAAUAACUAAAUUAAAGUGCAUUUGCAACACAGAAACGUUUACUUUUUAGCGCACUUCAUGGAUUACAAAAAAGAGUUAUUGAAUUAAUUAUAUAUACAUAUACAACAUUACGAAUUACAUAUUAUGUACAAUUUUGCCUUUGAAAAAUUUUAAAACGAAAACGAUUUCAUUAUUCAUGUAUGGUUAGAAAUAUGUGUAAAGGAACAAUAAAAUUUCUUCAACUUUUUUGGUAUCCAAAAGAGCAAAAACAAAAAGCAA